GUACUCCAGCAUCUCCGUUUCCCAAAUAAAUGUGAAAGCACAGUUGUGCUCAGAGCUCUGUGCCUGUUUUUCACAUGAUAAAAUGCCGCUUUAUUGCUUUCUUUCCCCACCCCAAUCCCGGGUCCCAAUUAAACAGCAACCCCAGGAAUCACUUCUCUGUGCACUGAUCUGAUCUGAAGCCAUGAGCAGCUGCAGAAGUUAAGCUGGGCAGGAUUUUUCCCUUUGGCACAUAUUGCAUGCCCCUUAAUUAGCUGACAAGCACUUGAAAGCUAGUGAUUUUCAUCCUGCUUUAGCAGAGGGUUCUUCUUUUAAAGAUUUUAAUUUCUCAGGUUGGAAUUUGAGGAAUCAGGCAGUGAAACAGAAGUUUGUAGGGUCCAGCAGUCUUACUGCUCUGAGGGGCUUUGUGAGAGGGAACACUUGGGUUGCCGGGUUGCCGGAGACCCUGUGCUCCCUGCAGCUCUCCUCCUGCCAGAGCAUGGCAUCUGCAGACAGGGAUGGUGUUUCCAAAGGGGAAGUGUCACUGCUGAGUUGCUACCAACAUCCAGAAACACCGCCUGUAUGAAAAGUACUGUUCUGGGGAAAUAACCUAGAUUUUCACGAGUCUGAUUUGGGUGUGUUGCCAGGCAACAUGGGCUAACAGGGGUUUGUAUGUUUUCUUUAGAUAGGUGGAGGCAGUCCCCCUAGGCUUGCAGGUAGGCAGAGGCUGACCCGCUGCAGCAGGACGAAGAGUUCAGCUCUGAGCACUGAACUUUCACUAAGAGAGCUGAGAGAAAAAGCAGCUGGAUCAGACCCAGAGCUGACGUAUCCUGUUUGAUUUCUUUUCCCCUCGCGCUCCGACACGCUUUGUGUUUCGGCAGGCUUUUGUUUCUGCGUACAAGUUGCUGUAACAAACUGGGGAGCGUGUCUGGGGGUGCCGGCGGCGAUGUGCUGAGCUCGAUGGGCUGGGUUUCCUGCGAAGGCUUUGUUCCUCCUACCACGCUCAGGUCGGUUGUGCAACAUGCCCCUGAGCUUUGAGAAGAAAAAAAAAAAAAGUGCUGAGUAAUGCCAGAGGUUUCUCAAAUGGCUGAUGCAAACCUGGAGAAUUUGCAUCAUCAUUCAGCUGGACUAACUUGGUACGACAAGAGCUUAAAUACAGGUCCACGCGGAAGCUGAGCUGGUUCCCAAUGAUAGGGCAGUGCCCGUGGGCAGGGUGAGGGUGCAGGUGCUGCGAGCGCUGGCAGGCAGCAGGGCAGAGCAGAGCAGAGCUCUACCUGCACGUAGUAGCAACCCCACUGAUAAGAGGUGGCGGAGGAAGAGGCUGGGAGAGGAAAAAGCCUUGAGUUGCUGCUGGGAACUUUUUGGCUGUGCUCGCCAUCGGCGUGCUGGUGGCACGGUAGCAUGGUGAGGAAAGCUGCUGUCAUGACAGUUUCUAAUGGGAGCUACUUGCAGGGGCAGCCGAACGGCAGGUUGCCUUCCAUGGACAGCAGGCAGCCACAAGAGAAGGUGGUGCUGAAGAAGAAAGUCACGCUGCUGAGGGGGAUCUCCAUCAUCAUUGGCACUAUCAUUGGGGCUGGCAUCUUCAUCUCACCCAAGGGGAUCCUGAAGAACACAGGCAGUGUUGGCAUGUCCUUGAUGGUCUGGACAGCAUGUGGCAUCCUCUCGCUCUUUGGUGCCCUCUGCUAUGCUGAGCUGGGAACAUGCAUUAAGAAAUCUGGUGGUCACUACACAUAUAUCCUGGAGGCUUUUGGCCCGCUUCCUGCUUUUGUGAGAGUCUGGGUGGAACUGCUUGUUAUUCGCCCUGCAGCCACAGCAGUGAUAUCUUUGGCAUUUGGACGCUACAUUUUGGAGCCUUUCUUUAUGCAGUGCGAAAUCCCAGAACUUGCGAUUAAACUUAUUACGGCUGUUGGCAUCACGCUAGUGAUGGUCCUGAAUAGCACAAGUGUCAGCUGGAGUGCCCGCAUUCAGAUUUUCCUUACCUUUUGCAAGCUUGUAGCAAUUCUGAUAAUUAUAGUCCCUGGAGUUAUCCAGCUAAUUAAAGGAGAAACGCAGCACUUUAAAAAUGCCUUUUCAGGGAAUGAUGCCAGUAUUAUGGGAUUACCACUUGCUUUCUAUUCAGGAAUGUAUGCCUAUUCAGGCUGGUUUUACCUCAAUUUUGUUACUGAAGAAGUGGAAAACCCUGAAAAAAACAUACCCCUCGCAAUAUGCAUUUCAAUGAUUAUCGUCACAGUUGGCUAUGUGUUAACAAACGUGGCUUAUUUCACUACAAUCAGUGCUGGGGAAUUGCUGCUUUCAAAAGCUGUAGCAGUGACCUUUGCUGAACGAUUAAUGGGAAGCUUUUCUUUAGCUGUACCAGUGUUUGUUGCUCUCUCCUGCUUUGGAUCUAUGAAUGGUGGCAUUUUUGCAGUCUCCAGGAUGUUCUUCGUUGCCUCCCGUGAGGGUCACCUUCCGGAAAUUCUCUCCAUGAUUCAUGUCCGCAAGCACACUCCUCUGCCAGCUGUCAUUGUUUUGCACCCUCUCACAAUGAUAAUGUUAUUCAGUGGGGAUCUCUACAGUCUCCUGAAUUUCCUCAGUUUUGCCAGGUGGCUUUUUAUUGGACUGGUAGUUGCUGGCUUGAUUUAUCUCAGAUAUAAACGCCCUGAUAUGCCUCGUCCUUUCAAGGUGCCUCUGUUUAUUCCAGCAUUGUUUUCCUUCACCUGUCUCUUCAUGGUUGCACUGUCACUUUACUCCGAUCCAGUCAAUACAGGGAUUGGAUUCGCAAUAACCCUGACGGGAGUUCCUGCCUACUACCUCUUUAUUGUAUGGGACAAGAAACCAAAGUGGUUCAGAAAGCUCUUAGACACUGUAACCGAAGCAUUGCAAAUCCUCUUGGAAGUUGUCCCGUCAGAGGAGGACCAGAAAUCAUGAUCUGCAUCUACCCGAAAUUGCAGCCUUUGGCUUGAUGUUUCAUUUCAACCUGAGGAAGAGCUUGCAGAGAUGUCUUCCUCCUCCUAGUGCUCUGCAAAAUGGAGGAACAAAUCACAGUUGAGAUGGAUACUGAGUGUGUCAGUUACCAGAACUGUAUUUUAUGAUGUUGCAAUCUUUUUUUUUAAUGUGGUUGGUUUAUAUGCAGAGAGCAAGAACUUGUGCCAUAAGGGGUCUUUACUAUUUUUGUUAGUGUUACGUUUUAAUGAAACAUAGGUUCUUCAAGCAAGGAUUUUUGCUGCAUUGUCACUGAAAAUAAGUUUAAGCAUUGUGUAAAUAGUAGUCAGGUGUAUUGUGAAGAACGUAUCCUACUUGCUGUCCUGAAGAACCUACUGUCACUAGGGAAAGGGGGAGAUAAAGCUGCUGAGUAUCACUUAAUAAUGUUCUUCCUCUCCCUCUGUUUGGCAGCCCUAAUUUACUUAUGUCUUGCUUGGAGCACCAGUGCAUUGAUGCAGAAAUACAGUGGUUUCUACUGUGUUUGUGGUAGCAAGAUCAAGGUACAACAUAACAUAUAAAAGCAUCUUCUGAGAAUUAGUAUUUCUACCAGCGGGACAGGUGGAUUUCAGCCUAGGGACAGUAAUUUCAUACAUAUUCCAGUUUCUACCAGUCAGGAGAUUAUGAUUAUUUUUGCCAAUGUUUCUUUGUCUGUGUGUGUAUGGGAAAUACAGCAACAGAGUAAUUACUUUCAAAUCGGUAUUUGAAUCCAAUCUCCAUUGGUAUAUGAGUAUUUUCUAUCUGGAAGCAUACAAACCUGCAUUUAUCAGUCAGGCAAACAUGAUUUUAGAGGUUUAGAUAAUUACUUGUGGGCAGCAAAUGAAUAAUGGUCACUGGGUUUAUAAUCUGUGGGAAUUUUGUAUAGAUACAGCAAUAAAUGCAGUACUGUUUUAUGAGUAAGGUGUAAGGCAAGCUAUAACAGAUUUGUUGAUUUGAAUUGGGAACACACCUAAUCUGUGGGUUUUUUAUUCAAGCACACUCCAAUUAAUUGGGCUUUGAAACACCCAGGAACAGGUGCUUUGCCAUCUUCUUCCUGGUUUUAUCUCUGCUGAAACAGAGAAAAGCUAUCAGAACUGAUAAAAUCAAACUAAACUGAAGUUUCACCUUCAGAAUGAUGUUUGAUCUGAGAAUUGGCUCGAAUAUGAGCUGAAAUUUUUCCCUUUAAAAACAAAAAAAUGUGGAUAAGGAAUUUUUUAAUGCUUAAAAAUUCAGUUUUAUAUAAUUAAUCAGAGACUACUCAACCUUAAGACUAUUGUUUGUUAAGAAUAUUCUCUGUUAAGAAUAUAAUGCUUAAACAUUGAAUGCACUACUUUCUGAGCUGUUUGCUAUUAGCAAAUCUUAUGUUUCAUGAAAACUUAUGGAACUAAGCAACAUUAGACUUCCUGAAUAGGGAGGAAAGCACAACUAAUAGCUGGACCACUACAGUAAAGGGAGACUGUAUUUUGUACGCGUGUUGUAUAUAUCCAGAAUAUUUACCAUUUUAAGGGUGUACAGUAAAAUAUCUUAAAUUCCUAAAUGUUUUUCUUUCUUGUAUUUCUAUAGUGGAAUUUCAUUGAAGUAGGGUAAUGGGAAUAACUGAUGAUCUAGAAGAAUGGUAAUUUAAGAGAGAGAACAUUCUCCAAACUAUUUUUAAGUAUUUGCUGUUUACGGUAACUUAAGUGUUAUUUGAAACUUAUUUUAGGCAAACAUUUUGAGCUAGAUUUUUGUGCUGACAGUGCAUGCAUUUAGUUGGUAUUUACACAUGGGGCAGAAGUAGGAUUUUGAGGCCAUCUCCUGCCCAUCCCAGUCCCCCACGUUUUGGCCUGUGUCAGCGUGGAGCACCUUAGGUGUACACCAUAUCCAUCCAUUUCUCAUGGAACCAAAGGCUUUUUGCCUUCCAGGAGCAGGGCUAUCACAUUCCUUGCUUGUGGAAUCCCACCAGAGCAAAGCCUCCUUCACACUGAUACUCUGGGCAGCAGGGCUUCCACAUCAGUUGUUUAACUCCAUGUAUUCACUCCUGUUGUGCCCUAUUACUUGAAGAUUUAGGCAUAGCCAGUGUUAACUUGUAGAAAUAAUGGCUCUGUAAGUAUAACUGAAUGUUACUUUAUUUCUGUUGUUUUUGCCAUUGUGGACUUUAGGAAUGUUUCUGAAGUCUGACCCAAUGACUGUAUUUUACUGUAUUUUCUGUUCAUCUAAGGGAUUAAUUUGUCCUGAGAGAGCUCCUUUGACUUAUUGUUUGUGAAGAUGUAUAUUUUGGGAGAAAAAAUGUUGCCUGAAAAAUAAAAAAUAAUUUUUUUUU